AGUCACAACAAGAAAUUGAUAAAAAUCUCAUCAAAUUAAUUUAAAUUAUUCAAAAUUUCUGUGAUAAAAAUGAGUGAGGAUAAACAGUCUACAGAAUGCCAUCAAAAUUGUAAAUCAACUACGCCAGAAUUCAUAUACGGUGGUCCUUUUAUUCGCAAUGAGAAGAAUGAUUUAAUUUUAGAUAUAGCUACACCACCAAAUGUGCAGUUGCAAGGAAUAUUUAAGAGGAGCUUCGCGUACUACUCUCUGAAAGAGCGUCUGCCGAUAAUCCUGACGAAGGUGAUAGACCAACUGUCGAGAGAUGGGACUAAAAUCAAGAGGGAACAUAACGCUACGGACGACGACAUAGUGUGCCUCAUCAGGCACAUCACCAAGCUGAAGAGCGACCUGGUCACCAACAAGCCGUUUGAGAAGCUCCAGGCUGGUACUCCUGAGGCGGCGCUGUGGAACAGUUGGCUAGACAACUCGGAGUAUAAAACAUACUUCACACAUCUGUGGGUGUUCUCAGAGUGUUAUGUGUACAGGCGAUUAUGGGAAGGAUGCGAAUUGAGUAAAAAUCUCAAAAACUUCGACUAUUUCGCCGAACAAAAGGACCAGUCUUUCCAAAACAGCGUGGAACUGAUGUGUAUAGUCGCGGAGAGGCUGAGAGAAAUGAUAAAAGAUGAAGAUCAAAGCAAAAGGAAGGCGAACUUUGUGGCUUUAUUGAAGGUGUGUCUAUGGUCGAACAAAUGCGAUCUAUCGCUAUCCAACGGUGAGCAAGUCGGCUUGAGUGAUGGUCCCAACGUGAUAGACCCCUUCCUUGUGACCACGCAGCUUAAAGACAAGUUAUUAGUUGAUGACAGUGAAAAAAUAUACGACGGUAUAGUUAGCAGAGCUGAGAGCUUCGCUAAGGCGUUACAAGAGGCUUCAAAAGACGCAAAUGAGUCCAAAGACCAACCAGAGACAGAACCGUGUCCAGCUAAAAUGCCACAGACUGUAGCUUUAGAUAUAAUCUGUGACAACUCUGGCUACGAACUUUUUACGGAUCUGUGCGUGGCGCAUUACCUCAUAGCGACAAACAUCGUGAAAAAGAUCCGGUUUCACGUGAAGAAGUUACCGUGGUUCGUGUCCGACGUCACACCGAGAGAUUUCAAAUAUGUGAUAUCUUCCUGUGCCACAGCAAACUAUAACAGAGAAGUACCGCCAAAGACAGAGGGAGAGUCGCCAAUCAUCAUCAGUUCUAAAGAUUUGAAUGAGAUCGGCGCGGAGUGGACCAAGUUUUUAGAAGACGGCACUUUUGAGAUGCUGGCCGAACCAUAUUGGACAUAUCCUCACAUAUACCGCGUCAGUCGCGGGCCGACCGCCGCGCCGGUCGGACGUGCGGUGGCGGCGCUCUUUAAGGGAGACCUCAACUACAGAAAACUGCUGGGAGAACGGAACUGGGGGGAGGGGGUUAGCUUCGAGCAAGCAUUGGAAGGUUUCCACCCGUGUCCUAUAAUUGCUCUACGGACGGUGAAGGCGGACCUUAUAGCCGGGCUGCCCGCCGGCGCGGCCGCACGACUUUCCGCGAUCGACGCGAGGUGGAUGGAGACGGGGGAUUAUGGUGUGAUCCAGUACUGCGGCAAGUGUGACCCCGCCCCACAGGAGCCCUGCGAGUUGUACGGUACUACUUGUGACGGCGAGAAAUGCUCAUAACAUCACAUCAACACACUGGGAACAUCUUUCAAGUCUUCGCUAAAAUAUUGUAAAUUUUUUACUUCUGAUAAAUUAUUAUUUUAAUACGCAUUAUUUAUAAAAAAUAAGGUAGGUUUUCUUCUCAGUAAACUUUUAUUGUUUUACUUUUAAAGUACAAAAUAAAAUAUUUUGUUCAUAAUUUAUAAAUGUACAUUUUGUUAUUUAGUUUUAUUCUACAUGUUUAAUAUACAAAUGGAAAAUUCUAAGCAAUAAUGAAAACUGUUACAUAAAGAUACAUUUUUUC